CUCGUGUGUGUGGGAAAGCUGGCUAGCGAAUUUCUACACUAUUCGAGAAUCUUAAAACUAAAUCGAUCCGUGUACCACACCGGGAGUUCAUUUGCAACAGGAGGGAAAUUGCAGAAAAAGUCUUAAAAAUGACCUCAUCCCAUCGCAGUUCCGAUCGACGAACGAGUCGCCGUUACAAGGACGAUUAUCGCCGGUCAAGGAGUGUGGACCGUCGCCAUCGAAGCCGCCGUAGCCGGUCCGCGGACUCUUCGCGGGAUCGUUAUUAUCGCCGUUCCGUGUCACGUUCACCGCCAAGACGAUCCAGCUACCGCAAACGGUCUCCUCCAUCCUCGACCCGGUGCAAGAUUCGCGUCGAUUCACCGGAACCUAGCCGUUGCUUGGGCGUGUUUGGGCUAAGCGUAUUUACGACCGAACCGUACCUGAACCGAAUCUUCUGCAGCUUUGGAACGGUGGAAAAUACGGUUGUGAUCUAUGACGCCAAGACUCGCUUGUCGCGCGGGUUUGGAUUUGUAUACUUCAAGACGAAGGAGGAAGCUGCGGUUGCACGGGCCCAUUGCAACGGUCUGCAUAUACACGGUCGACGGAUGCGAGUUGACUAUUCCAUCACGGAACAACCCCAUGCUCCCACACCAGGCGUGUAUAUGGGUAGGAAAAAUGAAAGUCGCACUCCAUCGCCAUAUAACCAUCGGUCUGGUACGGAAAGGAGUCGUCAUCGGCACCGGUCUCGCUCCUGUUCUAGCUCAUCGUACUACGAUAAAUAAACGAGGCGGAGGUCCACAGCAACACAUCUUCCAGAACAUGAAC